AUGAGUUCCCCGCUUCGCGAGAAUCCAUCCUCGGCGAACCGUGGCGUGCCGCCCGGGAGGGCCGGUCGCAAGCGUGCCCGCACUAACGGUGACGAUGCCGCUUCUUCGAUCGGUGCUUCGAGCCCAAUCCUACCCUCUUCCCCGCCCGCCUUCAACAUCGCCCACGGCGGCGAUGACGACGACGACAUCGAGGAGGACGCCGAGGAGGUGCAGGACGACAUCGACGACCUGGACGAGAUGGCCGAGGACGACGUCGACCUGUUCCGCGAAGGCUUCGAGCGGGAUUACCGCGACCGGGCCGACGACACCUACGAGGGCCUCGAUUUGGACGACGAGGGGGACUAUGACGACAUGAACCUCGGCGACAGGCGUCGUCUCGAGGCCCAGCUCAACCGCAGAGACCGUGAGGUGGCCCGGCGACAGCGGAUCCCGGCCGCGUUUCUUCCUGGUGAAGACGACGACCGCGAUAUCGAUCUCACUGCACAGCCCCGUCGUCGCAGGCACCGUUAUGAUGAGGACCCUGAUGAGGACAUGGACGCCGACAUCAUGGACGAGGAGCUUUCGCUCGAGGCGCUGCACGACGUCAAGUCUUCUAGUCUGACCGAGUGGGUUGCCCAGCCCGCUGUGCAGCGGACCAUCAAGAGAGAGUUCAAGGCUUUCCUGACCGAGUACACCGACGACAGCGGUUCCUCGGUGUACGGCAACCGCAUUCGCACGCUGGGUGAGAUCAACGCCGAGUCUCUCGAGGUGUCCUACGACCACCUGUCUACUUCCAAGGCUAUCCUGGCCUACUUCCUGGCCAAUGCGCCCGCCGAGAUCCUGAAGCUGUUUGACGAAGUCGCCAUGGAUGUCGUCCUGCUGCAUUACCCGGACUACGAGCGGAUCCACUCGGAGAUCCACGUCCGCAUCUUCGACCUCCCCGUUCACUACACGCUCCGCCAGCUGCGUCAGUCGCAUCUCAACUGCCUCGUGCGGGUCAGCGGUGUCGUGACCAGGCGGUCCGGUGUCUUCCCGCAGCUCAAGUACGUCAAGUUUGACUGCGGCAAGUGUGGUGUCACGCUCGGCCCCUUCCAGCAAGAGUCCAAUGUCGAGGUCAAGAUCACCUACUGCCAGAGCUGCCAGUCGCGCGGGCCCUUUACCCUCAACUCAGAAAAGACCGUCUACCGGAACUACCAGAAGCUCACCCUCCAAGAGUCCCCCGGCACCGUCCCAGCCGGCCGUCUCCCGCGUCACCGCGAGGUGAUUCUGCUCUGGGACCUGAUCGACAAGGCGAAGCCCGGUGAGGAGAUCGAGGUCACGGGUAUCUACCGGAACAAUUACGACGCCCAGCUCAACAACCGCAACGGCUUCCCCGUGUUUGCGACCAUCCUCGAGGCCAACAACGUGGUCAAGUCGCACGAUCAGCUUGCCGGCUUCCGCAUGACCGAAGAGGACGAGCACAAGAUCCGCCAGCUCGCCAAGGACCCGCAAAUCGUCGACAAGAUCGUCAACUCCAUCGCCCCCAGCAUCUACGGCCACACCGACAUCAAGACCGCCGUUGCCCUGUCCCUCUUCGGCGGCGUAGCCAAGAACACCCGCGGCGCCCACCACGUCCGCGGCGACAUCAACGUGCUGCUCCUCGGUGACCCAGGCACGGCCAAGUCGCAAGUCCUCAAGUACGUCGAAAAAACCGCCCACCGCGCGGUCUUCGCCACCGGCCAGGGCGCCAGCGCCGUCGGUCUCACGGCUAGCGUCCGUCGAGACCCACUGACGAGCGAGUGGACGCUCGAAGGCGGCGCGCUAGUGCUCGCCGACAAAGGCACCUGCCUGAUCGACGAAUUCGACAAGAUGAACGACCAAGACCGCACAUCCAUCCACGAGGCCAUGGAACAACAAACCAUCUCCAUCUCCAAAGCCGGCAUCGUCACCACCCUCCAAGCCCGCUGCGGCAUCAUCGCCGCUGCCAACCCCAUCGGCGGCCGCUACAACUCCACCAUCCCCUUUUCCGCCAACGUCGAGCUCACCGAGCCCAUUCUCUCCCGUUUCGAUAUCCUCUGUGUCGUGCGCGACACUGUCGAGCCGGAGGAGGACGAGCGUCUCGCCCGGUUUAUCGUCGGGUCUCACAGCCGUAGCCAUCCGCUCACCAACAACACCCAGCAGGGUGCCAGCAGUACCGGCGCGACGAACGGCCAGUCCAUGGAGGUCGAGGCUGAUUCCCUGCGCACCGACACCCAGACCACGACAGCAGCGGGGGCAGAACGUCCCAAGGAGGGUGAGAUCCCCCAGGAGUUGCUGCGCAAGUAUAUCCUCUAUGCCCGUGAGCGCUGCUCGCCGAAGCUCUACCACAUGGACGAGGACAAGGUAGCGCGGUUGUUUGCGGACAUGCGUCGUGAAAGUCUCGCCACCGGCGCCUACCCCAUCACCGUCCGCCACCUCGAAGCCAUAAUCCGCAUCAGCGAGUCCUUCUGCCGCAUGCGUCUCUCCGAGUACUGCACCUCCCAGGACAUUGACCGCGCCAUUGCUGUGACUGUCGACAGUUUUGUUGGUAGUCAGAAGGUUAGUUGUAAGAAGGCGCUGGCGAGGGCGUUUGCCAAGUAUACGCUUGCGAGGCCUGGUGGGGGUAACUCGAGGGGGGCGGGUGGGGGUGGUAGAAGGAGGGGGGGCGUGUUGGGGGCUGUUUCGGCUUAG